UAAAAUAUUUAUGGAACAAAUAAAAAAGAAGAGCUAUUUUUGAACCCCGAAGACGUUGUUAGCAACCAGUAACAUGUUCUUUGCUUCUCUUCUCGCUCCCAACAGAACUUCAAAUUGUUUUCCCUUUGUUCACUGAGGAUUUUAAGGCAUAUAAUUCUCGUCGGCUUUGUUCCUGGAGUCUUGGAAACAUGUUGAAACAAGCAAUUGGCAUAACAUGCAAAACCCGUGCUUAUGCUUUUGAAGGAAACAGAGUUUUGCCUUGGGUAUAUGUGCCUUCGUGCUUUUUCCGCAGUGGACAGGUACAUAAGGCACCUAGAAGUUUUUUUGGGGUAGAGGAUUUCCUUGAUGACGACAAUAGUCGACCUUACACAUACCAAAAAGGCAAGAAAUCAAAGAAUCCAAACAAGCACAUAUCUUUUAAACAAAGAACGAUUGCGUACAUGGAGCCGUUUACACUUGAUGUGUUUAUCUCAAAACGCUUUGUAUCAGCUUCACUCACUCACAGGGUGACAAGCAAACAGGUUGCAGUUGCAGGUACCAACUCCAAGGACAUAAAAGCUGUUCUUAGGUCUCGGUCAGACAUACCAGCAUGCAUAUCCAUCGGUAAGAUUUUAUCUGAAAGAGCAAGAGAAGCUGAUGUUUACACUGCUUCCUACACCCCAAGGGAAAGGGACAAGUUUGAGGGGAAAAUCAGAGCUGUAGUUCAAUCACUCAUUGAUAAUGGGAUUGAUAUCAAGGUUUACCUUGAUUGAGUUGAGUAACUCAAGAUUUUGUGGCUAUCAGUUUGAUAUCAAUUGGUGAUUUCUGGUUUGGCUUUGUGGCUAGUUAGUUACCAUAUGCUGCUUUAAUGGAUAGGAAGAUGGACAACCUAGAGAGGAAAUCCAUUCAGGCUCCUAUUGGGCUGGAGGAAGAACUUUGAUUCAAUGUGAUAGCUUGCAAAAGAGAGAGGCUGUUCAGGAUAGGCUUUACUCAACACAUUCUGCUGCUGAUGCUUUGUCUGAAGACAAUCAGAUGCAACACUAUCAGGAUAGUUUGGAAGCUACCACUGUGCCAGUUUCAUCCCGUUACUCUUUUUCUGGUCCUUCAUAUUCACUUCGCUAAAUCAAACAAUCUCUUCUGAAAUCUCCUUUAUAGUAUGUUCCUUAAGAUUACCAUCUAUUAUGGUGAGUGACUCAAUUUCAUUAAAAAGAACUGUACGAAUCCUACAUACUUUCUCGGUUAGGCAACACUCUGAAUUGGGGAAGCGCCAUUUAUUCACUGUGUUUGAGAUUUGAUGUGCAAAGUGCCAUUCAUAAUCAAUGACAAUUUUCCUUGCAGACCCCAGUUGCUUUGCAACUUUCACAAUUUGUGACUUAUGACUAAUUGGCAUGUCAUUUGCUGCUUUGGCAGACAGGGAGAUAAGCAAGCAACAUUUCAAUUGAUUUUUUAAAGUCAGGAUGUUAUGCUCUGCAAGCUUAUAAUUUUUUUAGGAUCUGUUGACACCCUGUAUGAAUGUGGAUACUCUGUAUAAUUUUCAGUGUUUAUGUCCUAAAAAAUGUAUUAUUUUGCCAAUGUUUUCAUGGCCAGAAUGGUUAACAGGUGAACAAAGAUAACGUUUUAA